GUAAAAAAAAAAACCAAGAUCAAGAUGGUGGGUCAAUGGAUGGCGACUAAACCAAGCCGGAGCGAUGAAGUUUUGGACGCUGAUCAACAACAGCAAAUCACUAAUCAAGUAAGAGCUCAGUUCGAAUCGAUGGUCCCAAAACGACCCACCAAGCCCAACAGGAGUGAACCAGAUUUAGCAUCAACCACCUCCUCCAAUCUCCCUUCAGACGUCGACCAAACCAUACCCGAGCUCGACAAGUUACGAUCCCUUCAAUCUCAGUCCCUUGUGAAGAUUUCAGAGGGGGGGGGGGUUACAGUGGAACAAGAUGAAUUUGUGGAGACAGAAUAUUACAGGGAGAUGAAUUCCAUUGACAAAGAGCAUCACACGACAGGAAGUGGGUUUAUAAGAGUGAUGAAAGAAGGAGCUGAAGCUAAUGAAUAUGAUGGUAUUCAGCUGGGAAAUGGACAGGGUGCUGGGAAUUCAACCAACAAGCCAGUUUUCAAAAGCAACCCAGCAACAAAUGACUGGAUUCCCACCCUUGAAGAAGAUCAGGUCUUUGUUUCUUCCAAGCCUAAUCGAAGUGAGGGUUGUUAGAUCAAUACUGGAUGUUACCAACUUUGCUUAAAUAAAUUAUACUUGUACGCCUGGAAGAUUUCUGAAUAGUUUAAACAGUGUUCUUUGCUCGCAA